CUCUCCCUCCUAUCAGGAACCCCAGCCUUCUUCGUCUUACUCCUCCUCCUCCCCAGGACACCAUCCCGCCUCCCCCUCCCUGGGACACCAAUCCAUCUUCCUCCUCUUCCCCUUCAUCCUCUUCCCUUUUUUCCUCUCAUACUGUCCCCUCCCCACACACUGUCCUUCCUAGGACACUGCUCCCUCCCCCUUCCUGGAUGCUUCCUCCUCCCUGGUCACUGCAUUCUCCUCCUCGCUGGGACACCCCGACUUCUGCCUGGUGUGGCCAUGGUGCCCUGGGCUUAGGAACUCCGGCAAAGUCCACCUGGAGGGAUCCAUGGUCAGUGGGGGAUGCUGGGAGGGUGCUCAGAUAUGGAUCAGAAACUGUCCAAGCUGGUAGAAGGGCUCACGACUUCGGGAGAACCCCAACUGAAUCCUGAGAAAAUGAAGGAACUGAAGAAGAUUUGCAAGUCCUCAGAGGAGCAGCUCAGCCAUGCCUACCACCUGCUCACAGCGCAGCUGAGCCAGGACCAUGCCGAGAUCCGCCUCUCUGCGUUCCAGGCCAUAGACGAGCUCUUCGCCCGGUCCCACCAGUUCAGGAUGCUGGUCGUUUCCAACUUCCAGGAGUUUCUGGAGCUCACACUGGGCACCGACCACGAGCAGCCCCUGCCGCCCCCCAGGGAGGUGGCCCAGAGGCUGCGGCAGGCUGCCACCCGGGCUGUCCAAGGGUGGCACGACAAGUACGGUGCAGCCUACAAGAAGCUCGCCUUGGGCUACCACUUCUUAAGACACAGCAAACAGGUGGAUUUUCAGGACUUGAGCGCGCGGACUCUGGCAGAAAGGAAGCGGCAGGAGGAGAAGCAGGAGCGCUUGGAUAGAAUCCGCAGGGAGCGGUCUGAGCGGGCCAUCAGGGAGAUGGAGGAAAUGUCCGAGGAAAUCCGGCGCUGCCUCACGGAGGUGGAGAGCUGCUUCAGGCUGCUGGUGCCACUGGACUUUGCCACAGGCCUGGGGGCCUCGCUGCCCUGGGCGGGCCUCGAUGUGUCUGAGCAGAGUGCCCUUUGCCAGGCCAGUGCCAUGAACCGUGGGGACGAGGAGCAGCCCUGCUGUAGCAAGACCCUGCUUGCCUGCACCCGCCACCCAGGAGCUGGCGGUAGGGAAGGGCCACCCCCAGCUGCCACGGGGGCCGAUGAGCAGGAGGAGGAGGAAGACAGCGACAGCGACGACGAAGGGUUUGUGCGGCGCCACGGACUGGGCUCCCACAAGUACACGCUGGAUGUGGAGCUCUCAUCAGACAGCCUGAGGGUGCGCGAGGACGAGGACAACCGCGCCGUCAUCCACUCGGCCCGGGACGCGCUCAAGCUUAUCCAGUACAAGUUCCUGCCAGCUGUGUGCUCCUGGGUCCAGCUGUUCACCCGUGCAGAGAUCCACGGUGGGCACUUAGAAGCUGCCAUCCACCUGAAGGCGGAGCUGGAAACCGCCCUGAGGCGAUCGGGAGAGCUGGACAUCAAGCCGGAGGACGGACGCCGGAGGGAGGUGGCAGCCCCAGGGGACAGGGACGAGGACGAGGACGACGGGGACUUUGUCGAGGUCCCAGAGAAGGAGGGGUAUGAGGCCUGCAUCCCUGACCACCUGCGACCCGAGUACGGUGGUGGCUGUCUGGCGAGAAGGGGUGUGUGCUCUCGGGAUCUACCCAGCACACACAGAGGAGGGCUGGAGAAGGACCCAGCUGCACGGGGCUUGCAGGCGGGGAAGACGACACGGAGGGGUGAGGAGGCGCACGACCCCACCUCUGCUGCUGCCCAGCUGCAUCAGCUGCAUGGACGCCUGCCCCCUCCCCCGAGCCCCAGGGCACCGGUGGGACCAGAGGCCGGGAAGCUGGCUGCAGAGCGGGCACGGGCACCUGUUGUGCCUUUUGGGGUGGACCUGUGCUACUGGGGCCAGGAGCAGCCAAUGGCUGGGAAGAUCCUCAAGUGUGACUCUGAGCACCGCUUCUGGAAGCCCAGCGAGGUGGACACGGAGGUGGACAGUGCCGCCGUCUCGGAGAUGCUGCAGAGCCGUUACAUCACCUUUGCCGGGAAGUUCGAGCCCGUGCAGCACCGGUGCCACGCCCCGAGGCCUGACGGCCGGCUCUGCGAGCGCCAGGACCGGCUGAAGUGCCCUUUCCACGGGAAGAUCAUCCCCAGAGACGACACGGGCCGGCCCCUGCACCCGGAGGAUAGGGCCUGGGAGCAGAGGCAGCAGCUUCAGAGGCAGGCAGGGCGUGCAGAUUGGCAGGACCCCGAGUUUAUGAGAGAUGUGGAGGCUGCCACAGGAGUGGACCUUGGCUCGUCUCGGUCCAGCGGGAGAGGCAAGGGCAAGAGGAGGAAGCACCCUGGCCUCACCGACCUGAAGCAGCAGGCCAACACUGCCCGUGCCCGCAUCGCCAAGAAGGUGUUUGCUAAGGCUGCUGUGCAGAGAGUGGUCACAGCCAUGAAUCAGAUGGACCAGAAGAAGCACGAGAAGUUUGCAAACCAGUUUAACUAUGCGCUGAAUUAGAGGGCCACACUGGGUGUGUGUGGUCCCCUCUGGCCGUCAGCUCUUCUCCCUCAGCCAGGGCACCAGGAUGAGAGCGCAGACACAGGACUGGGGGGUAACCACAGCCACCAUUGUUAUGUGUAUUUUGUGUGAGGAAAUAGUACGCCUUCUAAUCACGGCGCCCCAGAGGUAUGGACUCUCCCCUGCCCUGGGGAGCCACUGCCAUGUGGGUUAUGGGUCGGGCCUGCCUGAGAGCCUGGAGGUGACAUGGGCAGCAUGUCUCAGUGGGGCACUUCGCACAGACUGACCUCGUGUCACCCCCAGCCCCCAGCUCCCCGCCUUUUCCCUGGGCAGCGCUCCCUCUGAGGGACGCUAGGAAGCCUCACGCUUUCACGUACACACUUGUUUUUAAGACAAGCAGGGAAGUGAACCGUUGAGUGUCGCGCCUUGCGUGCCCAGCUCACAGAGCGUUUGUGACGGUUCUGCAUUGGAGUGCCGACAACUGCCUCACUGCCCUUGUGUUUUUAGAAAGUGGCUUUGUACGCCCACACCCUAGAGUUCACCCUUUCGAAGUGUACCACCUAGUGGCAUGAAGUGCAUUGUACAACCUGGACCACCUGGUUCCAGAACUUUCCAUCGCCCCAGAAGAAAGCCUGUCCCGGUUAGCGGUCAUUCCCCUACUCCUUCCUCCAGCCCCUGGCUGCUCCUGAUUUGGUUGUGGCUCUGUCCUUUCUGGGUGGACAGAAUCCUAGCAACACGUGGCCUUUUUUGCUCGGCUUCGUUCACUUGGCGCAGUGUCUCCUGGGUUCUCCCAUGUCAUGGAAUACGUCGGAGCCCCAUGCCCAUUUACUGUGAUGACCCCCAGUGUACGCACAGCACGCUGUUUAUCUGUUUAGCACGGACUGGGUUGUUCCCACACCGCUUGGCUUGGAGUCAUGCUUCUGUGAACAUUUGUGUACCAGUUUUUGUGUGGACAUAUUUUCAUUUCUUUUAGGUUUACGCCUGGAGGUGGAAUUGCUAGUUAAUUUGGCAGCUCUGCGUUUAACCUGUUGGUGAGCCGCAAACUGUUCCAAAGCCACUGCACCGUUUUACUUACAUUCCCGCCAGUGUGUGAGGGCUCCAGUUUCCCUGUUUUUGUCAACACGUUAUCAGUCUUUAAUCUUAGCCGUCUUGGUGUGAAGUGGUAUCUUUUUUUUUUUAAGAUUUUAUUUAUUUGAGAGAGCACGAGGUGGGGGGCAGAGGGAGAAGCAGACUCCCCACUGAGCAGGGAACCCCACAGGGGGGCGCCAUCCCAGGAC